AUGAAAAUUUCUCAAAUGGGGAGUUCAAGAACUUUGUUGGUAGUUCUAUUCGUCUUUCUAACAGCAUUUGAUCUUAGGCCAGUUGAUGCCAACUUCAUCAAAAGCAUGCAUUUCUACUGGGGAGCUCAGCAUUCUGCAGUUCUGGGCAACGGAGAUGAGCUUCAACUUGUAUUGGAUCAAACAUCAGGGUCAGGUAUUCAAUCAAAGCGGUUAUUCCUGUUUGGAAGCAUUCAGAUGUUAAUCAAGUUGGUACCUGGGAACUCAGCUGGAACCGUCACUGCCUACUAUGUAUCUUCUAGUGGGGACAGACAUGAUGAGAUAGACUUCGAGUUCUUAGGGAAUGUCUCAGGCCAACCAUACAUCAUCCAUACAAACAUCUAUACUCAAGGAAAUGGAAGCAGGGAGCAGCAAUUCUACCCCUGGUUUGACCCAACUGCAGACUUCCACAACUACACUAUUCAUUGGAACCCUUCAGAAGUUGUGUGGUAUGUUGACAGUGUGCCGAUCCGUGUGUUCCGUAAUUACGAGAGUGAGGGCAUUGCUUAUCCAAACAAACAAGGUAUGAGGGCAUACUCCAGCCUAUGGAAUGCUGAUAACUGGGCAACUAGAGGUGGGCUGGUUAAGAUUGAUUGGAAUAGUGCACCUUUCAUAGCAAGAUACCGCACAUUUAGGGCAAGGGCUUGCAGGUGGAAUGGACCAGUCAGUAUCAGUCAAUGUGCUUCCAAUACACCUGCUAACUGGUGGACAUCACCAACAUACAGUCAGUUGAGUUAUGCAAAGCAGGGUCAGAUGAAGUGGGUAAGAGACAACUACAUGAUCUACGAUUACUGCAAGGAUUUUAAAAGGUUCAAUGGACAGAUACCACCAGAAUGUUUUAAACCAGAGUUCUAAAAUGAAGGAACCUAGUUCGAGAAGAAGACGAAUGAAGCAGCAAGAGUUUUUCUCCCACU